AUGUCACCCCGCGAAGCGAAGACGGUCGAUCCAACACAGCGUCUUCUUUUAAUGGCCGCAUACGAAGCCCUUGAAAAGGCGGGUUAUUCGGAUAAUCAAGGAUGCCGUAUAGGGACAUUCUUUGGCCAAGCUACCGACGACUACCGCGAAACAAAUGCAGGGCAGAAUAUCGAUCUCUACUAUAUCCCCGGGGGGAUGCGCGCCUUUGGUCCAGGCCGUUUGAAUUACCACUUCAAAUGGAACGGACCAUCCUACAGUAUUGAUACAGCAUGUUCAUCCAGUGCUGCCGCCCUUGAAUUUGCAUAUAAUGCUCUUGUUACUGGGGGCUGUGACAUGGCCCUCGCUGGUGGAGGAAACAUUCUGUCGGGUCCACACAUGUUCGCUGGUCUCAGCCAAGGGGGGUUUCUUUCCACAACUGGGGGUUGUAAGACAUUUUCUGACGAUGCCGACGGAUACUGCCGCGGAGAGGGCGUGGGAGUAGUAGUGCUGAAGCGACUGGAUCGUGCUAUUGCGGAAUGUGACAAUAUUGAAGCCGUUAUCAAAAGCAUCGUGACGAAUCACUCUGUCCAUUCAACUUCCAUUACGCAUCCCCAUUCCCCGACGCAACAAAGGCUUUAUCAGCAUGUCCUACAAAAAGCCAUGUUGAAGCCCGAAGAUGUGCAAUACAUUGAAAUGCAUGGCACGGGCACCCAAGCUGGAGAUAGGACCGAAGUCGAAUCAGUAACAAGUAUCUUUGGACAACGUCGUGAUAGUCCAUUGUACAUUGGUGCAGUAAAAUCAAAUGUUGGCCAUGGCGAGGGAGCUGCUGGUAUCACUUCUUUGAUUAAGGGCAUCUUGAUGCUGAAGCAUAAUCUCAUUCCUUCCCAUCCUGGUAUUACGCAACUGAAUCGUCACUUUCCACCACUAUCGAAAAAGAACAUACGCAUUCCUCAGUCUUCUGUGCCGUUUCUCCCGAAUACCAAAUAUGGAAAGAGGAGAAUCCUUAUUAACAACUUCAACGCAACGGGUGGAAACACGAGCCUCCUGGUUGAGGAUCCUCCCCCUAGUAGAAAGUCCAUAGUCAAGACUACACGUUCUUAUCACGUCGUCACAAUAUCCGCAAAAUCGUGGAAGUCAUUUGAAUGCAACAAGCGGAAUCUCGUGGAUUAUCUCCGUUCCCAUUCUGAAGUCGGUAUUGAAGACAUGUCUUACACCACAACUGCGAGACGAAUGCAUCACAACUUUCGAAAGGCUUACAGAGUCACUAAUACCAUUAGUCUUAUUAAUGAGAUUGAGACUGACCUCAGAAACAAAUCUUCGGAAAUGGAUCGGCCGUUGGAGCGUCCGCCAAUUGUUUUCCUCUUCACGGGACAGGGAUCGCAGUAUUCAGGAAUGGCACAAGAUCUUUUCGAGUCUUGCAAAAUGUUCAGAAAGAGAAUCAUCGAGCUGGAUGCAAUAGCCGUCAGUCUACAGCUGCCGUCAUUCUUAGAAAUCAUCCGUACUGGAGGCCAAGCGAUAUCAUGUAUGUCAUCAGUACAAACGCAGCUAGCAUUGGUCGCUUUAGAGAUCGCGCUUGUCGAUUUGUGGAGGUCUUGGGACAUCGCCCCGGACAUAGUCAUCGGACACAGUCUAGGCGAAUAUGCUGCAUUAUGCACUGCGGGAGUAUUGUCGGUUUACGACACCAUUCUUCUGGUAGGGAACCGAGCACGUUUGAUGGAAACCUACUGCAUACCAUACGAGCACAGCAUGCUGUCAAUCGCAAGCGAUGCCCGUUCCGUCGAGAAGUAUCUGAGCGAUGCAGGGUAUACCACAUGUGACAUAGCCUGCAUUAACAGCCCAUCAGCUACAGUUGUGAGCGGUCCUAUGCAGCAUCUCAUUGCGUUGAAAAACAGCUUAGGUGAUACUCGGUCGACCAUGCUCGAAGUGCCUUUUGCCUUUCAUUCGUCUCAAGUAAAUCCCAUUCUUGCCGACCUUCGCCGUCUCACAGCCACCAUCCAGUUUCAGGCGCCUAAGAUUUCUGUCAUAUCUACCCUCGCUGCAGAGAAAGUCGACUCGGAAGGCGUAUUCGGGCCAGAGUACCUAAUUCGACAAUCUCGGGAGCCUGUGCGAUUCUUGCAGGCCGUUGAAGGCUACCGAAAUCGUGGGAUUGAUGAGUACAGUGCGAUGUGGCUCGAAAUUGGUCCCAGUCCGGUCUGUCUAGGAAUGUUGCGGUCGAUCCAGUCAGUGAACCCGGAGAGAAUGCUUUUUACUCUGUGUCGCGGACGAAGUUGCUGGGAUACUAUCACGCAUACCUUGUCCUGCUUAUACGACGCGCGUGUAGAUAUACGAUGGCCCGAGUAUUUCAGAGAGCAAUCGGCUAGACUUCAGCAACUUGACUUGCCUACCUACGCGUUCGAUUUGCAAAGUUACUGGAUUCCAUAUGAGGGAGACUGGGCUCUGAUGGGAUCAACGAUACCACAAAACACAACAUCGAAUGUGCCAAGGCUCGUUUCGACUUACUUACAUCGCAUUGAGGAGCGGACAGGCGGCAAUGGCUACCAUGCAAUUACGUUUGUCUCGGACUUGACGGAUACGGCCUUGCUCCAAGCGAUCGAUGGCCAUCGUGUAAAUGGGCUUGGUCUGUGCCCAAGUUCUGUCUAUACGGAGAUGGCUGUAAGCGCGGCUUCAUACAUGCAACGGACGAUUAGAUGUUCCUCAGUUACAGAGGAUAUGAGUGUUAUGCAUCUCAGCAUAAACCGCCCACUAAUCGUGCCGCAAAAUUGUGAAGGACACGAUAUUAAAAUAUACUGCAAAUACUUGGAGGACAAGUCAUGUUUUGAAAUCACCUUCCACUCACAGACAGACCAGUGCCCUCAGGAGCAUGCACAGUGUACCGUCAGGUUUGGCCAGCGUGCACAAUGGAAAGAUGAAUGGCAACGCACGCGACAUUUACUCAAGUCGCGAAUUGAACACUUAUCGGAUCCGCCGAGAACAGAGUCUGCACAUCGCAUCUUGAAGGACAUGGUGUACAAGCUCUUUUCAAGGGUGGUAACAUACGGAGAACGAUACCGAAGUCUUCGAGAGGUUUUUCUUGAUAGCGAAGACUACGAAGCAGCUGCAACUGUCCAGUUCUCGCCAAACGUGCGGACAGAGAAAUUCACGAUUAGUCCCUACUGGGCUGACGGAAUCGUUCAUCUCGCAGGAUUUGCCAUCAACGCGCAUCCGAUCGUUUCUGAUGGCCUCGUUUAUAUAUCGACUGGGUGGGACGAUCUUUACAUUACUGCUUCAUUAUCAGCCGAGAAACAGUAG